AGUCAUAAUCGUUUGAAUCCCGCCCUCAGGUUUCCAAUACGGUAUACAACUUCCCUCCGCGUUGGCGUUACUUCAUCCAGCACGUUCCGUUUUUACAAGUUGAAGAUAAAGUAGAUAAACGUACGAGCAUUAUUGCAUUACCCUAGUAACCCACUGUCGUAAGUCUAACUUGUAGACCCCGGCCCGCUCUUGUUGUUGAAAAACAAGUGCGUCAUCAAGCUGCUCGUUGAAUUCAACGCACUACCUCCAUUCCCCCUGAAUAUUCACCAACACCAGCAAGCCUCACGAGGCCUUUUUUUUUGAAAUCGGGGACUGGACUGCAAAACAACAGAAGAAGGGUGGUCAGUACUUCGGAUUUUUAUAAGAACUUCGGGCGAAGAUUUUCGUGUACGUAUUCAUAUUCUGCUUCACUUCCUAUCGAUAGGCCAUCAUCUCCACCAGAAUCAUGGGUCUUCACGACGGAGGUGAACAAGUAGAAUCCUCCGACCGGAAUAGGAAAACUACGAGCAUGUGGGGUGAGCGCGACCUUUCCCCCGGGCUGCCCGUCACGGCGGAUCCGGCAAACGACCGGGAGGUACUGGAAUCCUUCGACGCUUCCCCAACCCGGGAAAAAACCUCCGACUUGCUCACGAGCCUGAAGAAAACGGGCGAAAACCGAACGGAAUAUUUGAAGUCCCUUGUCGACGUUACGCUCGCCGACCACCGGCUGACCAGUGACCACGUCAAUUUCCACAAGAAGCCGGCCCUGAAGACCCCAACUUUGAAAACGAAGACCGGGUUGACGUUAACCGAGUCCGAGAAUGCCAGUUCCGCCGAGGAGGGCAUGCUCUCCAUCCCCGGACUGCACGUUUCAUCUAGGAGAACCAAAAUCGAGCAAACCAGUUCCGGCGGUACCAAAGUCCCGCCGAAUACGGUUUUACACCCCGCGAGCCAAACGGGGCAGAUUAUGUUCGACGCGAAAAUCCACAAUCAGGUGAACAACGGGUUGGUUCGAAACCGGAAUUUCGUGUCGCAUAGCACGACGGUAAACACGUUGGACGCGAAGCUGUGGUACAUGCGGCAGAACGAGUUGCUGCAGAAGUUGUCGUAUCCUGUGCAAAAGUAUGGUACUCGUGCAAAUCGCCGUCUUGCGUGACAGAUCCAGCAAGUAAGGUAAAUCAGCAUUACAAAUUGCAUUUUUUAUCUUGAAAAAACCUGUCAUGCAAUUUACACUAGAGUACGAUGCCUUUGCAUUGCAUAUGUCGCUGAAGUUAUCCGACGUGACCUGCGUGUACAACGACAUUCUGUCGAAUCUCCUCCGCGACAUCGAUUUGUACGCGGAUUCGAACCGCAGAUUCUUCGAUAUGGCGUUCUCAAAUGUUACAUUCUCAACUUUUACAUGAUGGAUUUGUGAUGCAAGAAUGGGAAAAGCAAAAGUGAAAGAUUGCGCCUGUAGCAUUACAAAUUCAGCACAAUUUAGGUGUUGUUUAGCCCUAGGCAAAUUUGUCAUGCGAAGCAGCUUGAUCGCGUGGAUGAUGAUGGUGCUUUUGCAUGACGAAUUCAUGUAACAAUUGAGAAUGUAACGCUUGAGAGCCCCAUAUUCGACUUGCGGAAAACCGCCUACGCCACCGCCCACGGCACGUGUCCGAUCCGGCUCCCCGACAUGGAGCAGGCAUUAACCGAGGCGAAACACCGGUCGAGACAGGGGUACAAGCGGCAGGAGGAACAGGAAGACCUGAACACGGAUCUGGUGUUUGUCCACGGGCAACAGGGGUCCGUGUUUAACUCGGUGUACUUGUCGCAGACGAAAGAGAGGAACACGAAGGUCGGAAGGCAGAUGGAAGACGGGGAACACGAAGAUAGAAUGGCGCAGAUCUGUAUUUAUUUUUCAAAAAAUUGUGAUAAAUUACAUUCGGUUUUUGUUUUUUUUAAAAUUCACUUGAGAUCAUACCCGGAUGUGCCGCGUGCCAGUUCUUUGCGCAAGGGGUCAAAUUGGCAGUGGUGCUGAUAAAAAGUAGUCAGACAUGGCUGCAGACACGCGUUGUAUCUUGACCUUCUCUAUUGUCUGUCAAAAAACAGUACAAUCUAAUCCUCCACUACAGACGCACAGAACAAGAAGGUGUUCAGCUACAACUCGGCCCAUUUUCUGAACAAAAACGGCCAGUCCUACCGGAGAUCAAAUUCCGCCGAGGAAAGAUCGAAACUAGCGGAAGAAGACACUUUGGAGACCUUGACGCGCGGCAGGAGAAGCUCGGCAGAUUGGGACGCCACGAAAACGCUGCCACUUUACACCGUGGAAGGGAGGCCGAUCAGCGGUAUUUUGUUAGAGUCCUCUCCUGUCGUGACAGGAGCUUCUUGAGGCAAGAAAUGCAUGUUGAUUUUCUUGAUCCGAUCUUGAUCUUGUUAGCGAUAGUACCUGUACGAAUCCAAAGAACGUCCUCGUCACAGAGUUUUCUCCAUGUACAGGAUAAUUGCGUUAUAAUUGUGCCAAAAGUUGUUGAAGUUUUCAUUUUCAUUUUUCAUCUCUACAACCGUGAUGAUGCAAAUAAGAAAAAACCCGCAAAACAGCAUUGGGCAAGUCGGCACAGGCUUUAAUGGAAGUGCCUUUGGAGCAGAAUAUGUCCCGAGACAUUUCCUCCCAAAUUUCCGACGAAAUUCACGGCACCAAAAAGACUUCCUCCGCCCCCUCACCCCACGAAACCCGAUCCCAAACCUUUCACCAAAACGACCUCAGCCCCGGUGGGUCGAUCGGAAGUCGGGGCGCGUCGAAAGAGUUCUUGGACCCGGACCUUGUAGGAUCUUCGCACCACCACAACGCCAUGGUCCAGUCGCGGUCGAGCAGCACGCAGAAUAUCACGACCGGGGAAGGCCGUAUGGGGUCGUCCCCAGACAGACCACCAACCGAGGAAGUAACAGUGAGUCAGACGCUGGCGGGGGCCAGGGUGACCAUCAAAACUGGGUCGCCGCUUUCGAGGAAAGGCACAGGCAUCAGUAUGGCCACGGACAGCUCAACGCAAGGGGUGCCGGCGCAUAAGCACCCACGUAUAUUUUUUCGUUGAUUGAUUUACACAGCACGACUAGCACUGCUAGUGCGCCGCAUAGCAAUCGCUAUUGUUAGAUAAACUGAAUUUUUGUAGUACUGCAACUCCAAUCCUUUGUUUUUUUUCCAUCUUGAUGUAGAAGUUUCCAACAUUUCUGAAAAAACUAUCCCACAAACGAUACUCAUACUCAUUUUUUCAGGUCGCCGCACCCUUCUCGGUCCCGUAACAAUUUGGGCCGACAACGUGAACCCUUACCCCUGUGGUAGCAGGAAAAUGGCGGAAAAGGUUCCCUUCGACCCGUUAGUGAAACCUCUAGAAUACCGGAAAUCCCGUCCGUCGGAAUAUGACCACCCCAUGUUUGACGAUGUGGAGACCGAGGUGCAGAAAGUCGUCGAGCACGACGAUGAAGAUGAGUCCGAUGAUUUCUUUGAAUUCGUCACCAAAAAGAAAGUCGACCCCUUGGAGAAAAUCAAGGCGUGGAAGCCGCGACUACCGCUAGAGUCCGAGAUCGACUAUCAACUGUAAAAAUGUCUGGGUCUGGAAGAUUCUGACACCUGUCAUGCACGUUUUGCAUGAAACCUGAUGCCUGUGAUGCAUGCCCUAGCAACACAGAUUCUUUGAGAGCUUCUAAUCUUGAUGCCUAUUCCGCAUGACAAAUGCCCUCUCCGCGUAGCAAAAAUUACAUUCCUUUUGGUACUCAUGCAAUACAGAUUUUUCUGAAAUCCAAAUGCAGCAUCACAAGUUGCAUUCUUCCAGACCCAGACACUUUUACAUUUGAUAUCGACAUGAGCAAACCGAAAUUCAUCGACGGGACCCUGAUCAACAACACGUUAAUCGAAUCUUAUCCACUGCAGAAGUAUCGUACACGUAGGAAUUGCAGACAUGCAUGACAAAUCUGGUUUCCUACCCGAAUCUGCAUUACAAAUUCCAAUUUUCUUCCUGAUAAAAUUUGUCAUGCAAUUUAUACUAGUACGAUACUUUUGCAAUGCAUAAAUCGCACGAAAAGACGAUCCCGGACCGCGAAAAUUGGCUGUACGAUAUGGGCAAAGUGAAGCGAGGAUUUUUCAUGGACAUCGAGAAGAACCCGAUAGUAUCCGACGUAAAGAAUAUGCUGUACCACGAAAAGACGAACGAGUCAGUGAUUAUGUUGAACUUCCUGGAGGACAUGAUCGACAGACAGAAAACACACUCGCUGCCGUUUAGGUACUUACAUACAUAAUAAGAAAAACUUCUUCUAAAAAUAUAAAUAAACUCAAAUUUCUGGUGCCCUUAGGCUUAGAUGAAGUACGUAGGUGGUCGUAAAAGAGACAAAAAUAUUACGUUUGCAUUCUUGUUGCGCAUCAUGUAUGAUGAUGACCUUACAACUUGAUGGUUGAUAUUACCCACAUAAAAAUAUACCAGGUCGUUCGACAACCUGCACGUGCCCAAAAAGAACGAAGAGAUCUUCAAGUCCGCACAGGAGAAGACCGAGGCGAAAAAGAUCAAGCGCAUGAUCGUGAAAGCGUGCGCGCUGUUGUCCCUCCGUGGGCUGCGGGAUAUUCUGCACAUCACCGAGGAGGAGUGGAACCAGGCCCGCUUACCGCUCCGGCUGAUCUCCGUGAAGAUGGAGGUCAUGUCCUACUUGGCGGACGAAGCGAGGGACCUGGAACGAGCGUCGUUCUGGCGCUCCAUGGCGGAGACGCAGAAGAUGGUGGACCACAAGCGCGUCACGGCCUACCCGGCAAAGCACGAGUCGUUACCGCGAAUGGACAUCGGGCAAGCCCCGUACAAGCAGUGGUACGCCAGAUCAAUGUCGCCGGACAGGAGACGCAUGGAGGGCAGCGCGAGACAGGUGCUGAAGGCGCGCAAGGCCGCCGCGAAAGCGGAGAGACGGGGAAACAGUGUUGAUAAUCACGAGGGUGCGCACAUGAUGGCACAAAUGAACAGCACGGGGAGCUCCCUGAACCACCUCUUUUCGGAAUUCGAUCGCAAAAGGCAGAUCCGCGGGUUGUGAGGUGAGGGGCGGUAUGUUGCAAAAUGAUUGCCAAAUGAAUCUAGACGAGGAGCCAAGGGUGCUCUGUAAAUAUUUCAACCUACUAACCAAGUAACGCUGUUGCCACUGUCAUUCAAAUCAAAAUCAUGUACAAUAAUUUGAAAGUUUGGUAGAGUCAUAUCGCAUGCUGUUUCAAUCGAAUUUGUAAAAUUUUCGGGUCAACAAGAACAAUCUUCAUUACCUGCUUAACCUUAACCAAAUAAAAACCAUUUUUGCCUAUACAAAUCUCGCAAGUAGACUUUUUUGCAUCUCCUGCAAUUUUAGUCGAUUUGAAAUUUCAUCAUGGUCAAGAAACUAUACAAUGUCUACCCACCUCCGGGAAAAGAGCAAAAUCUUUUUGUCAAUUCAAUGUCACAAGUAAUGCAUUAUGCAUGCGCGCUGUCGCCAUGGCCAUUGCCAUUUGUUUUUGCACCAAUGUUUGGAUGAAAUGCGUUGACUUAACGGGAACAGAAAGCAGACGAGUUCGAAUAUGUUAUUAGGCCCAUGCCAUUGCGAUUGCAUGUUGCAUACUGCAUGAAGCUACUCUAGCUUCAAACUGUUCCCAUUGCCUGUGAAAGUGGACCUAGAGCCACAUCGGAGCCGCACAAAUUAUGUGCUUUAUUCCAUCGGUUUCGGUAUGCUAUUUGUGCUGUGAAGCCCUGCGAGCGCAGCCUCGGUUUGGAUAUCAGGAGUAUGCCUCAUCGAAGUCGUGAUCUCGGAUGAAAAACUGAAACUGAACGAUAUUGGCACUUGCAAUUCUCGACGCAAUUUUUUCCUGCAAGUCUGUUGCCAUAUUUUUAGCACAGGUGGCUGGCUCCCACCCUGUCCCUAUGCAUAUGCAUAUGCUACUUACUAGUGCAGACGAGCAGGAAGAAAAGAUAACAAGAUCGUGUGAAAAUCCGAAAAAAAUCAAGAACGUGCCCUCUACAUCUACAUUUCUCGUUUUCGGUCGUGCAUCAAUUGAAAAAAUGGAAGAUUCAUUUUCUGGUAACAUCGAGGUCGGUCUUUGGCGGGCUGGCUGUACCGCGUGAAAGUUUCGGUAGACAAAAGACGUGUGUAGUUGGAUCUUGUGACAUAACAAUAAAGUUGAAGUUCUUGACAAGAAGGUCGGCAACUACGAGGAACAAUCUUCAUGCGGAGAUCUCUGGUUCACAUUCAUCUAGCUCUCCGGAUUGUAAAGAUGUGCUUCUACGUACUAAUGAUGAUCCGCAACACAAAUUCAUACAAAAUUGGAUGUCACGAAGGAUAACGAAAUGUCGAUCAACGUUGAGCAUCAAUGAUUUUGUGGGCGGUAAAAAAUGUGAAGCAGACCACGCACCAUAACUUACUAGGCUUCUACUCCUAUUUUCUUGCUGCCUUGUUGGUCGCCUUUGUGUUUGUACAUGCUGAUGCUACAGCUGAUGAAAUAUCGUCGAAUAUAUGAUUUUUGUUUUUGCUUAUAUCUAUGUUCCUAGACAAAAACUUAACAAAAUGGAAUUUCUUUGAGGAGCAUGAUGAUAUGAAGUUUUAAAAAAGAAGAGAUACUGAUACAUAGUGUAACGAGCAGCCGAGUACAAGUAUUGCCACGGCGGGUCAGAAAAAAAAGAAAAUGUCCCGUUUUCAGCGUGCCCGGUCGUCCGCUAAUCGGGCACCACCAGCUGUGGAACCUUAUCAACAGCGACAACAAGACGGUCAGCAAAGGGGUCACCAGGAAAGGAAAACCUCUGGAAACAACAUUCAGAAUAUCGUCCCCCCGCCGACAGCGCCGCACAUCAUGCCUUCUGCAUUCGCCAGCGGCCAACAACAUGUUGAUAACCAGCAACGAGGGCCAGUAGCACGUAGUAGUAGAGGAGGUGGCGCGAGAGAGUUUGCCGAGACAAAAGGGCAUCAGCUACAGAAAAGCCAGCAGCUGAACAAGAGAAAAAACAAAUCUGCGAUAAGCAGCCCCCGUGUUCAACAACAUCCCGAUGGAGUAGUUGUACAUAACGGCUCCUACCAAAACUAUCCGCCCAUAAACGACGACUUAUCCAACGUGAAGCUGUCCGACGGCAGCUUUGUGUGUGGGAAGUUGAUGGGCAAGGGCGGAUCCGCGGAAGUGUAUGAAGUGAAAAGGGACAACAAGCAAUACGCACUGAAAGUGGUUUCCGCGAAAACCCCCAUGCACAUGGCGAUUUUUCAGGAGGAAGUGAACCUACUGAAAAAAUUCCGCGACACGCCCCAGGGGCGAAAACACGUCAUCCGCUGCCAUGAUUCGCACGCGAUCGCGGACAAGGGGCAGCUUUUCAUCCUGUUAGAGUACGCGGAGUGCGACUUCCUGGCCUACCAGUCGUCGUUCCUCCGCCCGGUCAUCGUGGAGAACGAAAAGGGCUUGCUGGACACGAAGAUGUACGGGGGCGGCAUGCCUUUGGAGGAGGUGAUCCGGUGCUGGGCGCAGAUGGUGGAUUCUGUGGCUCUGAUUCACGAGUACGGGAUCGUGCACUUCGACUUGAAGCCGCAAAACUAUCUCAUGGUGGCGAAUGACAGGUACGAAAAAUAUGUAAUGUACGGGGGCGGGAGGGACCGGGACAGGGACGGAAAAAUUAUCGGAAAUACAAAUACCGGCGCAGCGCCAGCAUCACCGCAGCCGCAUAGAUUAUCUCCCAGUGGCGAAGGGGAGGCCGCAAUGGACCAUAUUAAUCUGCAAGAACCGAUGUCAGCACAAUCUACAGGCCGUUCGUCCGGUGCGAGCAGCUCCUCUGCGAGGAGCAGGCCAGAAGGUUCCACCACCGCGCCGAUAGGUGGAGCUAAUCAUACUUAUCAGCCAGAUACUCCUCCUGCUGCGUCUUCACCCUCUCCCUCCAAGCACGAGAGGGAGUUGAUGCGCCGUCAGACGUCGAACCUCUCCGCAAUCUCGGAACUCGAUAGCGAGCACGAUUUUGACGAGUAUGUUCCUCCGGGUUAUAGAGCGAUAGAGACAGGAGGAGGACGAGGAACACGAACAGCGACAACAAGCAAUCUUCAAAGACACACUCAUGAUCAGAGUCAACAAGAACAAGUUCUUGACCACACAAGAACGCAGACGAACCAGACCACGACAUCUUCGAGGGACGAAAGUAAUCACGAAUUGCAGAUCAAGUUGUCCGAUUUCGGAUUAGCGAGGAGUCUGGACGGGGACAAAAGUCACAUCACCAUGGACGCACAGAUCGGGACUGUCAGGUAUAGAGACAUAAGGGAUCACGUAGUUGUCUUGUCUUUUGAUUGAUGAUGUGAUGCUUUCGGUUAAAAUAAUGUCUCUACCUGGGUUGUUGUCUUUUGUGAUACAGCAAGAGUUGCAAGAGCAAGAAACCUAUUGGCUUUAUCAGGUACAUGUCUCCCGAGAACUUUUUCCAACCGGAGGAAAUGGAAAACAACGCGGCCGGCACGGUGAAACUUCGCCCCGAGGCGGACAUCUGGUCUCUUGGGAUCAUUCUGUACGCAAUGAUCCACAACAAAACCCCUCAUGAGGAUAUAAAAUCCCACCGCGUUGCGUUUUCCAUAGUCGACCCCAGGAUGGAAAUCCAGUACCCCUUUGUCGAACGAUUCCACGGGAAUUUCAAGGGGGAAAUCCGCCCGGGGCGGCUCGUCUGUGAUGCGAAAUCGGGAAGGCCUAUGUUUUUCGACGACAAGGGGAAUGUUGUGCACACUGGGUUAACAGGACUGGAUAACGAGCAACUGUAUCGGGACGCGACGAAUAAUUCAUCAGAAGUAGAACGAGGAGCAGGCCAUCAUCUCCUGAACCCGCCAACCACACCCGCGACCAACACUACGGGAACUAGUUCCAGCAACAAAACCCCGAAGCAGCAGCACGACCCGUUGGAUCAGUUGUUCAAAAACAGCGAUUUGCCGGAGCGGAUGGAAGAGCAGAUGAAGUUGCAAAGUUCCGAAAGCUCCUCGUCCAUGAACAGCGAUCAUGCGAACAAAAACAAACUCGGAGGUAACAUCAACGAGCAGCAGUCGUCCUUGUUCCACACAGACGCACAGUUCAUCCAGUACGAACAUUUGAACUUUCUGCUGCAGAAGUGCCUCCAGCGCGAUCCCAAUCAACGCUGGUCCGCGAAGCGAUUGAAGGAAUCCCUGCGCUUCAUGCGGUUCUCCUCCCAUUUUAGCGAGGACACGGCACAGAUUGGGGCGCUGCGGCCCAUCGUGGGAAGCAGGCAAGCCGUCAUGUUCAAGCCGACGCCCAGCAGGCUGCAAACCACAACAACUGCAGCGGCGGAAGUGAGCACUGGUCCGCCGGCUUUGAACGGGGCGGGUGCAGCUGGGGCCGCAGGUGCUGCGGAACAAGCUUCCUCGUCCGCGGCAGCUCCCGUCGGACUUGGCGGUGUCUUCGUAACCCAGCAGAAUGCAGCAGUAGGAGCUGCUGUUUCAUCACCCGCAGGCACUGCAGGUGCAUCCGCAAUUGCGGCCGAAAAUAGUACCAGCAGAGUAGUCCUCCCAGCAGCUGCGACCACAGCGGCGACCUCGUCCUCCUCCGCCAGCAGCUUUAUCCCCGUGCCGGGCAAACGGCCCACGCCGAAGAUUGCGAACAUUGACACCGUGGAGCUGAACACCAUGCGGAAUCAGCAGUUCAAACACAAUCCGAGCGAGUUGCGGCGGAAUAUGAAUCGGUAUUUCGUGAAGAACAUGUCCCAACGGGACAAGCAGUCGCUCAACCUCUACGAAGAUUUCGAUAACAUGACGGACGCCCAGAAAAUGCACAUGUUCAACGAUGGCACCAUGAAGCGCGCGACGCUGAGAAGCGGCAACAGAGUAGCGCUGAGGCAGCAGCAGCAGCAGGGUCAGGGAGGGGGAGGUGGUGGAGCAGCAGGAGCUGACGCAAACCAAGCUUUUGUGGGAGGUUUGACUAUGUCGCAGAUUGCGGCGCAGCAAGCUUCCUACUCGUCCUCGGCCGAUUUUUUUGCAAGGACCAACACUCACAACACCUUCGCGCAGGAUAAGGAUUCAUCUCUGAACAGUGACAACUCGAACUCCAUGCGGGUCCCGCGACCGGUAUCCACGAGAAGUGCUGGGGACAGAAAUUUUAACGCGUUUGGCGGCGGGGUACUAAUCCGCAGUAAUACGGAUAGCCUGCAACAGAGCUCCACUUCUCAGGAUCAGGACGAGGGUUUCCCGCUGUUGGCGGGGAGCCGGACAGGAGGAAGUGCGAGAACGACCAAAGAUUAUGGCGACAACAGGCCGGUAGCUCAUCCUGAUCUUCAUGAUGAGACAGUUUACAACUACACCUCCUGCGACGGCGCGGCGGGGGAUGGACGAGAUGCUGAAGCGGCAGCAGCUGAUCUACAGGCACAGCAAGGGGGACGACCUUUAGCCACCUUCGAAGAGGAGAAGAGCUCCCCCUGGUGCCAGUGGAGUUGGUGGAUUGUCAUUGUCGUUUUCGCUCUCAGCUGUGUGUCGAUUUUCUUCCCCAUCUAUCUCAUGCAGAGCUCCUCUCCCCGGGCGGCUCCGCAAGGCAAAAAGCAGGUGUCGCAAGGACGAGCGGCGUUCAUCCAAAAAAAGCAGGCUGUGGUUGGGGAGCCUGUGUCUCCUGUUGUCCCCGGGCUAGCACAACAGGAAGAUGCGAGAGAAGCGAGAGAUGAAGGUGCUGCGCGGGUUCUGCCGUUCCUCAAUGACGGCGCUAAGGAAGUAAUAGUCGAGGAAGAUGGGACAGAGCUGCAAUUAGCGGAAACAAGCGAUAGCGAGAAGUGAGGAAGCACGACGAGUGAGGACCUAGAUAGGGUUCCGGCCUAGAAGAUGAAGAAAUAGAGGCUGCUCAAUUUCUCACGGGCACUGUGACCGUGGAGACCGUAGACCUCCGAUGUGACCGUGGAGACCAAGAAGUUCUAUCCCGAUUUGUGACAGCAUUCAUCUCAUUGUCAUUUUUCGUCAGAAGCUGACCCUGAAGGAAUUAUUUACAAGGAGCGGCCCAGCACAACUUCUAAUAUUUUAUAUUUUUCUGAAGCGACACGUCGAGGGCAACGAGUUAGACGCUUUAACUUGAUUUGACUGUGCUAGUGUUGUACGGUUCCCCUCUCCCGCCCUGCGGUGCUUGUACAAUGGACGUACUUAUGAUGGAAGUACAUUCUAACUAGCGAGAAGGAGAAAUUUUGAAGAACAUGAGUAAGAGUAUAAUUGCGAUAGAAGUGGCGAUUCCUUUCCUCCCUAUUUAACAACUCCAUUAUUGUACAAUCUUUCUCUACGCAUUUUCUACUUCGACGCACAAGAUGUGGUAAGACAGGCAUAACAACUACAACCUAGGCCGAUUUUUCUGAUCGUGCCUUGGGCUUUGAGGCAUUUACUUACCUUUCAUCAUACCCAUUCAUCAGGUUCUUGGGGAUGUGGUAGCAGGAUCUUCCCGAGCAGGUCUCUAACUCUAUAUCACUUUCACUUGUGAGUGACCCACACCGUGCAAAGAAGGAUGUACAAUUCCCCUCCCAAAAUGAAAAAUGAGGCUGAGCAAGAGGCACUUCAAGAUAGAACGGAGCUACUUACUAGAUCAUGAGAGAGCCUCGCGGCGAGGCUCCUUCGUGAAGACGAAGAUGCAGAGCGCGAGGAUAUUUCGUGACUAAUGAAAGGUGUUCCGCUUCCGUGUAAGACGAGCGCAUAUAAUCAGCAGAGACGAAGAGACGCUCCUCCCGACAAAGCAAAAGAGAGGCGACUUCAUUACGCGCAGCAUUUAGCCGCCGGCUGGCGUUGUCGCGCUCACCGCCACGGACAUGCUUGCGGAGCGAAAGCCCGGCGCCGGCAGUCCGCUGGCCGUGUGUCUCGCCCUUUUUGUUUUUGCUGACUGUCUUCGGUUUCCACGCAAUGCCUGCGCAGAAAGAAAAAAAAACAGUGGCGCUGGUUUCGGUAAGCGGUGACUAUGAUCGGGCGAAGGGAAUGCCCCGCCCUUGGAUAUAGACGAGGAGAAGCGCCGCCGCUUUCCGGCAAUGCACGCCGGCAAGUUGUUACAAUGGCCCCGCGGCGCGGGUACGCAGCCCCCGGGGGUCCUCAGUUGACACAUGACCGCGUGCUUCAUACCCCCGCGGCGGGUUUAUGGCGUUGCGGCGCCCUUCGCCGGCGCAUUUUGGGCCGACCAAAAUCGCCGAGGUACACGCGGGGCGCUUGCGCCCCCCAUGCCCGCGGACCAAGGCGGGCCGCUGGGUGGCUCGGAAGCUGCACUUUCUGCGAGGUCGCGCCUUCGGGCUCGCGGAUGCGAUGGCUUCGGCGUGUCCGCAGCGCAGCGUGCGCGCAAGCAGCCGCCUACUCGAGACGUCGGCCCACGGCCUGGGCCGCGCGAUCAUUCACGUCGCAGAUAUGCGCCGCCCUUUUUGGGCGUGGCCCACCUCCCUCGGUGGCAGGGCUGCCCGGGGCGUUGGGGGCCUUCCGUUGAUUCGACGCACGGCGCGGCCUGCUUUGCCGGAAAGAAGCAGCGGAACGCCGGGGGCGCUCUCGCCCCCCGCCUUGGGCUUCGUUCGUCCCGAAGUUUCGAGGCCCGUGGGCCGGCAGGUGUGGCAGGGAGGAAGGGGCCCGCCGGCCAGUCCGGGAGUGUUGGUCGGCGGCAUAGCUGAGCACGCAGGGGCGGCGGUCUGCGAGGCGGCGGCUGCUUUGGUGGCGUGCACCGACCGCCGGCCCCUCUUGUUUCGAUCGUUCCGAUUCAUUGCGCCUGUUGUGUGUUUCGGGUCAUUCGUGGCCGACGUGAGUCAAUCUGCCUCGGUGGCCCGUGGGCACAGGGGCGGCAGCCUACCCCGAUGUGCAUCCAGGGGGGCGCUCGUUGUGGGUUGGUCGCCGCAGCGAGGCGACAAUCAAGCCCGCCUGAUUUUAGCAGCCACGAAGGGAAGACCCGGCAAUGUGAAUAGUCAUGGGCACUAGAAUCUGCCGCCUCUGGAGCACUGCGGAUGGCCCAUUUGUUGGCGAGGUGUUUCCCUUUCAUUCGCGUUGUUGGGUUGUUUGUGUUUCAGUCAUUUGGAUAUAGUUUCUGGCGCAUGUGCAGCUGUGUCUGUGUAUAGGACAAUUUUUCUUCGUUCUUCAAGAAUGAGCCGGGCCAAGAGAUGAGGAAGGGAGUGUAUGCUGGAGGACUAAAGUUGUAGAGAGAACGAGACAUCAGACGAGUUUGCUCCACAAAACGCGAUCCAUCAUCCGCAUCAGCUGCACAAAACCAUUGUGCGCGUUUGUGCAUCUGCAUUGCUCUGUCGUAGAACAACGAAGAGCGCCAAAAGUGCAAACAUCAUCAAGAUGGAUGCGUCUUUCCUAAACUACGGCCUCGACGCCGUGGUGUUGCCAGAGUGGGGUUUUCCGAAGAAAGGCAAGGUCCGCGACAUUUAUUUCCAGGAGGAUGACGUUGUCAUGGUUACCAACGACCGUGUGUCCGCGUUCGAUUUUGUCCUUCCGAAUCUGAUCCCGUUCAAGGGCCAGGUGCUGAACACCAUUUCCGAGCACAUGUUCGAGGUGACCAAGGACAUCAUCCCCAACGCCCUCGUUCUCCCCUCGCCCGACCCGGCGGUCGUCGUGCAGAAGAAGAUGAAAAAUCUGAUGGUGGAGUGCAUCGUCCGUGGCUAUCUCUGGGGUUCCAUGGCGGCUGCGUACGAGAAGGGGGAUCGGGACUUCUGCGGGUUGAAAAUCCCGGACGGGCUGGUGCGGUAUCAGAAAUUAGCCGAGCCGAUCUUCACGCCGACCACGAAGGCGGAGGUGGGGCACGACGAGAACAUGACCAUGGCGGAAGUGGAGGAGCUGAUCGGGAAGGAUUUGGCGGCGCAGGUAGGAACUACGGAGCACACGAUGCUCAAGAUUUUGUCAUCCUACGAUGUAAAAUGAUAAAGCAGGAGUUUAGGAAUUUCGAAAAAGAAAUAACAAGUCGGCUCUGACUACGUGGUCCUACCUACAACUGCAUCAACAAGAAGUCGCUGUUAGAAGUACAUGGCGCAAAAACUACAUCAGGUCAAAGACAUCUCGAUGAAGCUGUUCAAGCGCGGCCAGGAGACGAUGGCGAAGCAGGGGCUGAUUUUGAUCGACACGAAGUACGAGUUUGGGAUUUGCCCCAAGACCGGCAAGCUGCACGUGAUCGACGAAGUGAACACGCCGGACAGCAGCCGUCUGUGCAGCAUUGCGGAGUACGAGGAGAAGUGGAAGCUGAUCGAACCGAAGAUCAAGGACUACCCCUCUGUGUCCGCCUUGCUGAAGGAACAUCCGAAGUUGAAGGUGAAGGAGUUCUCGAAGCAGUACGUCCGGGACACGCUGUUGGAAAUGGGAUUCGACCCUACCACCGCCACCAAGGCGAUCGAAUUGACGCCGGAGCAGGUGCUGGAGUGCGCGAAGCGCUACAUCGACGUCUGCGAGCAGAUCACGGGCAAGAAGUUCCCGUUACCGGACAAGGCGCAGGUGAUCAACAAGUCGCCCAAGGAGCGGCUGUUGCAGAAUUUGGUCGCGAAAAAGUACCUCUCGUCUGGCCUCGCCUGCAUCUUUGCCGGGUCCGACUCGGACGCGCCGCACAUCGAGAAACUGCAGAAGGAGUUCGCGAAAUCGUUCGCGAAGCACAACAUCUCCACGCAGGUGCGGAUUUGUUCCGCGCACAAGCAGCCGAAGAAGCUCGGCGAGGUGUUGAAGUACUACAAUACCUCCGACUAUCCACAAAAAAAAAAAAACAGAAACACAUCGUCCCCAUCCAAUUUGUCAUGCAAAACAUGCAUCAGCUCCAGUGUUUGUCAUGCAAAACAUGGAUGGGGAUGGCGAUGGGUGUUUUUUCCUGGAUACCGACCAGAUGAUCUGCAUCAUCGCCUGUGCCGGCGGUACCGACGCCUUGUCCGGAACCGCGUCCUUCCUGUCCAUCUGGCCGGUGGUGUCCUGUCCCCCGGACGGGCUGGAAAACAAAACCUGCACGAUCAACCCGCCGGGCAGCAGCAACGCCUUCUGCGGCAAGCCGGGAAACUGCGCGCGGUUUUGCCUGCAGAUGUUCUCCGGCAAGGAGCCGAAGAUCGGGGAGUUUUUGAGCAGCGAAAACGCGAAAAAGGUGAAGUCCUUGGAAGACGCGGAUGCGCGCCUGUGUCCGGUGUUCGCCACGGGCAGUACUGCUGUUUCGGAUGUGAAACCCUCUGUGUCGUGCACGAAAGCGGUGGACAACGAUUUUUUCACCUCCACCGCCGCGACCUCGAAGGAAACGACGAGCGACAAAGACGGCGAUGGUACUAUCAAGGAUAAAGAAACCCUCUACAAGCAAAAGAUCCACAGCGAAUUUCUGAACAAAACGGAAGUGGACGCGGUGUUUAUCCCGGAGUGGGGCGAGGCGAAGAAGGGAAAGGUGCGGGACAUCUACUUCCAGAACGAGAACUAUGGACGUGUCAGGUUUGAAAUCGUCAAAGUUGAAAUGAUUUGCCAUGCAUCAAACGGAUACCAGUUAGACCCACAGUUUGUAGUCGGUGCAUGGCAAAUUUUCCCGGUCCUGGAAGCGAGUCUGUCACGCAGUUUAGGGCAAAAGAGCUACCUUCUGUCAUGCUAGUCAGCCGUCCAACUUUUGAAAGACCCUUACCAGGACUAUAAUCUGCCUCCCGUGCGUCCUCUGCAAUAGAGUCACUUUUUGUAUUGCAUUUUGUGCAUGACAAACCAUUUUUUGACGAUUUCAAUCCUGACACCCCCAUAAGAGCGUGGUGAUGGUGACCAACGACCGGGUUUCUGCGUUCGACUAUCCUGUGCAAAAGUAUCGUACUCGUACUAAUUGCAGAUAUGCAUGACAAAUAUUUUUCCUAGGGCAAAACAGCAUUACAAAUUUGACUUUCCUUCUUGCCAGAAUUUGUCAUGCAAUUUAUACUAGUACGAUACUUUUGCA